AGCGCGCACGUAAGAGAAGGCGAGAGCGAGCCCAGCCGAAGAGGAUCCCCUCUUCCGUCAGGCGAGAGAGAGGGAGGCGGCGGCGGAGGAGGAGGAAGGAGGCCGCCAUGCAUCUGCACCAGGUGCUCACCGGGGCCGUCAACCCGGGCGACAACUGCUACUCGGUGGGCAGCGUCGAGGACACCCCCUUCACGGCAUAUGGCUCCGGAUGUGAUAUUGUUAUUCUGGCAAACGACUUUGAAUGUGUGCAAAUUAUCCCUGGUGCUAAGCAUGGAAACAUCCAAGUCAGCUGUGUGGAGUGCUCCCAACAAGGAAGGAUUGCAGCCUCGUAUGGAAAUGCUGUGUGUAUUUUUGAACCUCUUGGGAUAAAUUCUCACAAGAGAAAUUGUCAACUGAAGUGUCAGUGGCUGAAAACAGGACAGUUUUUCCUUAGUUCCAUGACCUUCAACUUAGCCUGGGAUCCUCAAGGUAACCGGUUAUUGACUGCAACAGAUUACUUGCAGUUGUGGGCCCCUCCCUCUAGUGACAUCCUGGAAGAGGAGGAGGAAGAUGACCCCGACGCAGUGGCCAAAGAGGAUAAAGUCCACCCUGUUCUAAAUGACUGGAAAUGUGUCUGGCAGUGCAAGACUGCUGUGUCUGUCCAUUUGAUGGAAUGGUCACCAGAUGGUGAAUAUUUUGCAACAGCUGGGAAGGAUGACUGUCUCUUAAAAGUCUGGUACGCAAUGACUGGCUGGAAGUCCUCUCUUCUCCCACAAGAUAUUGAUGAGCCAAGGAAAAGCUCCACUCCUGUCCAUUUUGCAUUUGUGUACCUGGCACAUCCUCGAGCCGUGGCAGGAUUUUCAUGGAGGAAAAUGAGCAAGUUUAUGCCCAGGGGCUCUGUCUGCAACGUGCUACUUACUUCAUGCCAUGAUGGCAUUUGCCGACUGUGGGCAGAGACAUUAUUACCUGAAGAUACUCUUCUGGGAGAGCAGAUUUGUGAAACUAGCACAUCCAGCAUUAGCAGCAGCAGCAGCUUCUCUCAUUCUGGGCGGCACAAAGAUAACAUUCAACAUGCUUUGGAGACAAUCCACCAUUUAAAAAACCUGAGAAAAGGUCAGCGAAGAUCUUCAGUACUUAUAACUCACACAGAAGAUUUACCUGAUCAGCUGGGAACCCAUGAAGUGCAGCGACACAUUUCUCACCACGCAAAUGCUCUCUGUCAUUUCCAUAUAGCAGCAAGCAUUAACCCCAACACAGACAUUCCAGCUGCUUUGGUUAAGACAGCUUUUAAUUUAGAAGACGGAAAUGAUGGCUUCGUGGUCCAUUGGCUUAAUAACAAAGAAUUCCACUUUACGUCCUCGACUGAAAUAUUUAUGCAACAUCUUCGAGAACUUACUGAUCAACAGAUGGAAAAAGCGGAUGAGUAUUUUGAAACAGAGAAGGAAGAAGAGAGAGAGAGAGGUUUACUUAUGAAGCUUGAUCAUGAAUUGUCUCUAGAUAGAGAGUCUGAGACUGGAACUGGAACGGGUUCCUCAGAACAUGAAGAUGGGGAAAGAGAAGGGAGCCCCAAAAUAGUUUCACCAGCUGCCUCACGCAUGCCACUCCCUACCGUCUUGUUGGAUCGAAAAAUUGAGUGGCUCCUUAAAGAAUGGAACAAGAAUCCAGACAUGCUCUUCACCAUUCAUCCAGUGGAUGGUACCUUUUUAGUGUGGCAUGUGAAGUAUUUGGAUGAGUACAACCCAGGGAUCUUUCGACAAGUUCAGGUCACGUUUUCUUCUCAGAUACCAGUUGCAUUCCCUUCAGGUGAUGCAAGCUCCCUUAGUAAAAACAUCAUGAUGUAUGCCUGCACUACCUCCACAAAAGGAGUCAUCAAUGCGCCACUACAAAAGAGGAGUAGCUUUUCUGACAGCCUCUCCGGAUGGAGACCGAGCUGUUCCCAGGACAGUUCCACCGUGAACAUUACCAUUCCUACAGUCAUGAUGGUUUCCAAGCACAUAGAUGGCUCCCUGAACCAGUGGGCGGUUUCCUUUGCGGACAAGUCGGCUUUUACGACUGUGCACACUGUAACUCACAAGUUUCGGUAUUGCGGGCACCGGUUUCAUCUGAAUGACCUUGCCUGCCACUCAGUGCUGCCACUUCUGUUAACAUCUUCCCAUCACAAUGCCCUCCUAACCCCUGAAUCCAGCCAGCCGUGGGAUUCAGAUGGGUUAAAUAAAAUGAUGGACCCCAUGAAACAUUUGAAAGCAUCUUCCAGGCAGCAGCUUAGAAACGCUGCAACACGUACAUUCCACGAUCCCAACGCUAUCUACAGCGAACUGAUUUUGUGGCGCGUGGACCCCAUUGGACCUUUGUCGUACACCGGAGGAGUAUCGGAACUGGCUCGCAUUAAUUCUCUCCAUACCUCAGCUUUCUCUAAUGUGGCCUGGCUCCCAACCCUUAUUCCUAGCUAUUGCCUUGGCACAUACUGCAAUUCUGCUAGCGCUUGCUUUGUGGCAUCGGAUGGGAAAAACCUGAGGUUAUACCAAGCAGUGGUGGAUGCACGGAAGCUUUUGGAUGAACUGAGUGAUCCUGGAUCCUCGAAACUCAUUGGGGAAGUUUUUAACAUUGUGAGCCAGCAAUCGACAGCUCGACCUGGAUGCAUAAUUGAACUAGAUGCCAUAACAGACCAGUGUGGCUCCAACACACAGCUCCUUCAUGUCUUCCAAGAGGACUUCAUUUUGGGAUACAAACCACAUAAGGAAGAGGCAGAGCAAAAGGAAGCAGAGAUAUUUUUCCAGCCAUCGAAAGGCUAUAGACCACCACCCUUCUCCGAAAAGUUUUAUCUAAUUGUAAUUGAAAAAGACACCAAUGGCUGCUCAAUACUUCACAUGUGGCACCUCCAUCUAAAAUCUGUGCAAGCAUUUAUGGCAAAACCAACUGAGAUUCCCACAUCGGGCAACCAGCUGAGUAUACCUGGGCAAGCGGCUGCCGAUUCAUCUCCGGAUACCUCCCCCGGCGCAACUCCCAUGCCACGUUCUUCAUCUGUUGCCAAUCUUCAGACAGCCAGCAAACUUAUUUUGAGCUCUAAACUAGUGUAUAGCUAUCCUUUGAAUCUUCCAGUUGGUGUAGAAGUCGUACGAGCUACUCCUUCUGCAGGGCAUCUAAGCUCCUCGUCCAUUUAUCCUGUUUGCCUUGCACCAUACCUGCUGGUGACGUCCUGUUCGGAUAACAAAGUGCGAUUCUGGAGGUGUUCUGUAGAGACAGUGAUGUCCAGCAAAGGUGAAAUGAAGGAGACCUAUCUUUGGAAGAGAUGGCCCUUGAUGAAUGACGAGAGAAAUGAGGACAGCAGCACCGUAAGCAUCGUGGGAAGGCCAGUUGCUGUCAGCUGUUCCUAUACGGGGCGCUUGGCUGUAGCCUAUAAGCAGCCUGUGCAACACAAUGGCUUUGUUUCCAAAGAAUUUUCUAUGCACGUAUGUAUAUUUGAAUGUGAAUCUACAGGAGGAUCAGAAUGGGUUUUGGAGCAGACAAUACACCUAGAUGACCUAGUUAAAGUUGGGAAUGUCCUUGAUUCGAGAGUUAGUGUGGACAGCAACCUAUUUGUAUAUAGUAAGUCGGAUAUCUUUUUGAACAAAGAUCGAUAUCUUAUGCCAAAUAUCAAGCAUUUGGUACACUUGGACUGGGUUUCCAAAGAAGACGGUUCGCACAUACUUACAGUUGGCGUGGGUGCAAAUAUAUUCAUGUACGGACGGCUUUCGGGAAUCGUGACGGAACAAACCAGCAGCAAAGAUGGCGUCGCUGUCAUUACUUUACCACUAGGUGGUAGCAUAAAACAAGGCAUAAAGUCCAAAUGGGUGCUAUUGAGAUCAAUAGACUUGGUGUCUUCUGUAGACGGUACCCCUUCAUUGCCUGUCUCUCUUUCCUGGGUCAGAGAUGGAAUCCUGGUGGUCGGAAUGGAUUGCGAAAUGCACGUAUAUGCACAGUGGAAGCAUGCCACGAAAUCAGGAGACAGUGAAAAAAAUGGCUUUCUUGGUGAUGACUCUCCCAUUCAAGACCCAUUGAAGACCAGUUUGAUGGCUAAGAAAACCAGCGUCAUUGAUGGAACAGGUGUGGUGGAUGAUGUCUUUGGAGCUCCCACCGUGAUCCAAGAUGGCGGCCUUUUCGAAGCCGCUCACGUUCUUUCUCCCACGCUUCCACAGUAUCACCCAACUCAGCUACUGGAACUGAUGGAUUUAGGGAAAGUCCGCAGAGCAAAAGCCAUUCUUUCGCACCUCGUGAAAUGCAUCGCGGGGGAGGUUGCCAUUGUGAAAGAUCCAGAAGCUGGAGAUGGUGGCUCCAAGCGCCACCUUUCCCGUACCAUUAGUGUGAGCGGUAGCACCGCAAAGGAUGCCGUUACUACCGGGAAAGACGGCACGCGGGACUACACAGAGAUCGAUUCGAUCCCUCCGCUGCCGUUGUAUGCUCUGCUCGCGGCAGAUCAAGAUUCCACGUACAAAACCGAGGAAACAAAGAAAAGGCCGCAGGGCCUGGAAGACCACACUAAAAGGAAAACUGAGGAUCACUAUUCGGACCUUUUCCAAGUUCAACAGGUCACAACUGAUGACUUUAUUGAUUUUGAGCCAGAAAGAAGAGAGCAUAAAUCCAAAGUAAUCAAUCUGUCUCAAUAUGGACCGACGUAUUUUGGCCAAGAACAUGCUAGCGUCCUCUCAAGCCAUCUCAUGCACUCUAGUUUACCAGGACUCACUCGCCUAGAGCAGAUGUUCUUGGUCGCCUUGGCAGAUACUGUGGCCACAACAACGACUGAACUUGACGAAAACAGAGAUAAGCAUUACUCAGGGAGAGACACUUUAGAUGAAUGUGGCUUGAGGUACUUAUUAGCUAUGCGUUUACACACCUGCCUUCUGACAUCACUCCCACCUUUAUAUCGUGUGCAGCUACUCCAUCAAGGUGUUUCUACUUGCCACUUUGCCUGGGCUUUUCAUUCAGAGGCAGAAGAAGAGUUAAUUAACAUGAUUCCUGCAAUUCAACGCGGGGAUCCACAAUGGUCUGAACUAAGAGCUGUGGGCAUAGGCUGGUGGGUCCGAAAUAUUAACACACUCCGGCGGUGCAUGGAAAAGGUUGCAAAAGCAGCCUUUCAGAGGAACAAUGACGCUUUGGAUGCCGCCCUUUUUUAUCUUGCAAUGAAGAAAAAAGCAGUCGUAUGGGGUCUGUUUCGUUCUCAACAUGAUGAGAAAAUGACGCAGUUCUUCAGCCAUAAUUUCAGCGAAGACAGAUGGCGCAAAGCAGCUUUGAAAAAUGCCUUCUCUUUGUUAGGAAAGCAACGCUUUGAACAGUCGGCUGCCUUUUUCUUAUUAGCUGGUUCGUUAAAGGACGCUAUAGAGGUGUGUCUUGAGAAAAUGGAAGAUAUCCAAUUGGCGAUGAUUAUUGCUCGCUUAUAUGAGUCAGAGUUUGAAAUAUCCUCCACCUAUACAGCCAUCCUAUAUGAAAAGAUUUUGGGCUGUGAGAAAGAUGGGACGAAGUUCAGCUGUACCAAACUGCACCCGGAUCCUUUCCUGAGAAGCCUUUCAUAUUGGGUCAUGAAAGAAUACACAAGAGCACUCGACACUUUACUGGAACAAACACCAAAAGAAGAGGAGGAAAACCCAGUCAUUGUCAAGUCCUGCAAUCCUGUGGUGUUCAGUUUCUACAACUACCUUCGCACCCACCCCUUGCUCAUCCGAAGGAACUUUUGCAUACCUGAUGGCACUUUAGCCACCUUAGGGCUGCAGACAGAGAAAAGCUUUGUGGACCAAAUCAAUCUCAUUGAAAGAAAGCUCUUUUUCACUACUGCAAAUGCCCAUUUUAAAGUGGGGUGCCCCGUGUUAGCUCUUGAGGUUCUGUCCAAACUUCCCAAGAUAAGCAGCACGUCCAAUAUUUUUAUCAAGAAAGAGGAAGGAAGUCCAAGUCCCACUAUGCAAAAUGGCGUGAAAUUGGAGCCAAAGACAUUAGGUGAAGCCAAAGACCUCGACUGGUCACAGCCCAUGACAACUACAUCGGAUUUGCUAAGUCACACUGAUUCCUCAUCUCUGGUUGACUGGAGUAAGCCAGCUAUAACAUUUGAGGAUGAGCCCCUUAAACUUGACUGGGAGGAUGAGAAAAGUGGUUCACAGGAGGAUGAAGAGGAAGACGGUUUGCAAAUGAAGGCUUCAAAGUUGGAACCAGACACUAAAAAACAGCAUGAAAAGAGCCCCGACACCAGUCACAGCGAGGAAGCAGAGGCGGAUGAAAGUGAAGUUGAUGUGAUUGCCGAACAACUGAAAUUCAGAGCAUGUCUGAAAAUCCUCAUGACAGAACUGAGAACUUUGGCUACUGGUUACGAAGUCGAUGGUGGGAAACUCCGCUUCGAACUUUACAACUGGCUGGAGAAAGAAAUCGCCGCUUUGCACGAGAUAUGCAACCACGAAGCACGUGGCAAAGACUAUUAUAGAACAGGUGCCAAAAUAAACGGAGACUUACUUGAUCACGAAGAAGUGGUGGAAAAGUCGGAUGUUGGCUCCUACGAGCGGCAUCAGAUUGAACGGCGCAGGUUGCAAGCGAAGCGAGAGCAUGCUGAGCGACGGAAGUGGUGGCUACAGAAGAACCAAGCCUUGCUGAGGGUUUUCCUGAGCUAUUGUAGCCUCCACGGAGCUCAGGGUGGUGGCCUUGCCUCUGUGAGGAUGGAGCUGAAGUUCUUGCUGCAAGAAUCACAGCAAGAAACUACAGUCAAGCAGCUUCAGUCGCCGCUUCCUUUGCCCACAACUCUGCCCUUGCUCUCUGCAAGCAUCGCUUCCACCAAAACAGUUAUAGCCAAUCCUGUGUUGUAUUUAAACAACCACAUUCAUGAUAUCCUUCAUACUAUUGUACAGAUGAAGGCACCGCCACACCCCAAUGUUGAAGAUGUAAAGGUACAUACUCUCUAUUCAUUAGCUGCUUCCCUCUCUGCAUCAAUUUACCAGGCAUUGUGUGACAGCCACAGCUACAGCACCCCAACAGAAACAAAUCAGUUUACAGGAAUGGUUUACCAAGGUUUAUUACUGAGUGACCGCCGAAGACUCAGGACUGAAAGCAUUGAAGAACACGCCACACCAAAUUCAUUGCCUGCCCAGUGGCCUGGUGUGAGCUCACUUAUAAACCUAUUAAGUACAGCCCAAGAUGAGGACCAACCAAAGCUCAACAUCUUGCUGUGUGAAGCAGUCGUAGCUGUCUACCUAAGUCUUUUGAUCCACGCUCUCGCUACUAACGCUUCGAAUGAAUUGUUCCGGUUAGCUGCUCAUCCUUUGAACAACCGAAUGUGGGCUGCUGUCUUUGGAGGAGGAGUGAAGCUUGUGAUCAAACCAAGACGGCAGUCAGAAAACAUUCCAGUAGCUGAUCCUGUUUCUGGUGAUACAAAGGACAUUAAUGAAGCUCCUCCGGUUCCUUCCGAAGAAAUGGAUAAGCACCGUCGCAGAUUCAACAUGAGGAUGUUGGUGCCCGGGAGACCAGUGAAAGACAGCGUCGUCCCUCCCCCUGUCCCCGCAGAAAGACCGUCGUACAAAGAAAAAUUCAUCCCCCCAGAACUCAGCAUGUUAGACUACUUUGUCGCAAAGCCAUUCCUUCCUUUUUCAGACAGUGGUGUGAUAUAUGAUUCUGAUGAAAGCAUCCAUAGUGAAGAUGAGGAUGAUGAUGCUUUCCUUUCUGAUACGCAGAUCCUGGAACACAAGGAUGCCAACUCUUACAGCUGGGCGCUUAUCCAUUUGGCGAUGGUAAAACUUACUUUGCAAAAUGUGAAGACCUUUUUCCCCAUUGCUGGUUUAGAAAUAUCUGAGCUUCCUGUUACAUCGCCAUUGGGCAUUGCGGUGAUCAAGAAUCUGGAGAAUUGGGAGCAGUUCCUGCAAGAAAGAAUGGACCAGUUUGAAGGCCCACCACCAAAUUACAUCAAUACCUGUUUCCCUGAAUCUGGAAUGGGAAGUGGAGCUGCUGCUGCCCGAAUAAAAGCAAUGGUGGACCCUGAAAACACACCAUUCAAAUCAAAAGAUUAUUCAGCACUGCCUGCAAAGAGACUCUGGCAUUUUCUGGUGAAGCAGGAAUUGCUACAAGAUACUUUCAUCCGAUAUACAUUUACAAAGAAGAGGAAGCAAAGUGAGUCUGUAGAAGUCCGUGCGGAGCAGGUCACACAAAACAGCCUAGCAGAAGACAAAAACAAGGUCGAAGCAGAGCUUGGCUAUCCUGGAGGAAGAGCAAAAAUAAUUCAUAAAGAAUCUGAUAUGAUAAUGGCUUUUGCUGUUAAUAAGGCAAACAUCAAUGAAAUAGUUUUAGCUUCGACACACGACGUACAAGAACUUGAUGUCUCUACUCUCUUGGCUGCACAGUCAUAUAUAUGGAUUGGAGAAGAGUAUGACAGAGAAUCGAAAAGUUCAGAUGAUGUUGACUUUCGUGGUUCCACUACAACACUCACCCAGUCGAGCACAGCCUCCUUUGCGGUGGCUCAAAUGCAGCCGACGUCUUCAGUGACAUCAUCGAUGCCGUGGUUGGGCAGUGGGCAGACCAGUACAGGAGCUGGUAUUCUUAUCAAGCGGAAUUUGAAUAAUGUAAAACGAAUGACUUCUCAUCCAGUCCAUCAGUAUUACCUUACAGGUGCUCAGGAUGGUAGUGUUCGAAUGUUUGAAUGGACGAGACCACAGCAGUUGGUGUGCUUUCGUCAAGCAGGCAAUGCGAGGGUUACUAGAUUGUAUUUCAAUUCUCAGGGCAACAAGUGUGGCGUAGCCGAUGGAGAGGGAUUCUUAAGUAUCUGGCAAGUAAACCAAACUGCAUCCAAUCCUAAACCUUAUAUGAGCUGGCAGUGCCACAGCAAAACCACAAGUGACUUUGCGUUUAUUACCUCUUCAAGUCUGGUGGCGACUUCGGGGCAGUCGAAUGACAACAGAAAUGUGUGUUUGUGGGAUACCCUGGUGUCACCAUCAAAUAACCUCAUACAUGCCUUCACUUGUCAUGACCAUGGUGCUACAGUGCUUCAGUAUGCACCGAAGCACCAACUACUGAUUUCUGGAGGCAGGAAAGGGUACAUUUCCCUCUUUGACAUCAGACAGAGGCAAGCCCUUCAUACCUUCCAAGCGCAUGACUCUUCAAUCAAAGCCCUGGCGCUUGACUCCUCUGAAGAAUGUUUUUGUACCGGUUCUGCUGAAGGCAAUGUGAAGGUGUGGAGACUGACCGGCUAUGGCUUAAUCCAUUCAUUUAAGCAUGAGCACGCCAAGCAGUCCAUCUUCCGAAACCUGAGCACCGGAGUCAUGCAGAUCGAAAUGGGGCAAGGCAAUCGCCUCUUCUCCUGUGGAGCGGAUGGCACGUUGAAGAUGCGGGUGUUACCCAAUGCUUUCAAUAUCCCUUCGAGCCUUUGUGACAUUCUGUAGGCUUUGCUGCUGCCGCCGCUGCUCCGUUGUGACAAGGUUUACGUUCCGAGAGAACUGUUAGGUGCUGUAGGAAGCAUUUCAGAAGGAACGCUACCAUACUUUGCUAUCUGAGUAGUUUAUUAUGGCACUUUAAUGCUACAGUUGAUUCACAGGAAGACCAAUGUUUUGAUCUUUUUACAAACAACACACACACACGCAUAUUUGUAUUGUUUCGAGCACUGCAUCUAUGGAUUCAUGGGGAUGGAAAUGCAUGUUGCGAUCCAGCAGCGCACUAGCUGGGCCUAUGCUCUCUGACCCAUGAACCUUGUUUACUGAAGUAAGCGGAAAUCUGCUUACAUUCCUGCAGUUGCAGCAAAUUACCUAAAGUAAGUGGGGUUUUUUUGAUGUAGGUUUGGAAUAUUCUUCCAAAUCCACGCCACUGAUUUGAAGCAUGUCUUGCAUUAUUUUUCCCUCUGUUUUCAACAUAAUUCUCUAUAAUGAAGGAUAUUCCAAGUGAGUGUGGUUUUACGUUGUUUAUUAUUAUGAUUAUGAUUAUUAUUAUUAAUUGUUGUUGCUAUUAUUUUGGGUCAUACCACUACGACUUUGUGAUGACCACCCAAUCAGUGGACCAGUGUGCAAUGAGGAAUGUACUGUGGGCUAAGUGUGAAUAUUAAUUUAAUGCUGGGAUCCUUUUCCCCCCUCCUCCCCGGUUAGUAUUAAUGCACAGUCGGCGCUUAAGUUGCACAGAAGCACAUUUCUCAGAGCCUUGUGGGAUUUUCCUGAAACUGCAUACUGUUUGCGCUUUAUGUUUUGUUUGGGCAGCAGACACAGACAUUGUGAAAUGCAUGGGGCCGCCAUUGAAAACGAGAGCCUAGUGUCUAUUCCUUCCCUUUUCGAUAAUAUAUAACUUUAAUCCUUUCCUUGGUGCAUUUCGUCAUCUGUUUCUUCAUACCGUUUACUGGGGAGGGCUAGGAAUGAAGGCAUUUAAUGACAUUGGAAUAAGUACUUACUUACUGAGGUGAUCCCUCGUUGUCUCAGUAGGAUAGUCUUCCAAGAUCAGUGUACUGGUGGGUCCGUAGGUGACUGGUGGAAAACUAUUCUUGAUCUGCACGUUCUCCCGCAGUGAGGGGAUUAGUUUCCAGGUGGAAGGCGGUCCCGGUCGAGGUUGGCUUGACGCGCCUUCCUCUUGGCACAUUUCUCUCUUUCGCCCUCCAUUCGUGCCUCUUCAAAUUCUACAGCACUGCUGGUCACAGCUGACCUCCAGCUGGAGCACUCAAGGGCCAGGGCUUCCCAGUUCUCAGUGUCUAUGCCAGAGUUUUUAUGGUUGGCUUUGAGCCCAUCUUUCAAUCUCUUUUCCUGCCCACCAAGAUUCCGUUUUCCAUUCUUGAGUUCGGAGUAGAGCAGCUGCUUUGGGAGACGGUGGUCGGGCAUCCGGACAACGUGGCCGGUCCAGCGGAGUUGAUGGUGGAGGACCAUCGCUUCAGUGCUGGUGGUCUUUGCUUUUUCCAGCACGCUGAUAUUUGUCUGCUUGUUUUCCCAAGAGAUUUGCAGGAUUUUCCGGAGGCAGCGCUGAUGGAAUCGUUCCAGGAGUUGCGUGUGACAUCUGUAGACAGUCCAUGUUUUGCAGACAUAUAGCAGGGUUGGUCUUUGCUUCUUCCAGCACGCUGAAGUAAAUUGCAUGAGACAUUACGGCAGGAAAGAAGGAAUCCAAUCAGAAGGACUUCCAUGUUCACCAGUCGCUCCAUGUCUUUUGUAACAUCAAUUCCAUAAUUUAAAUUCCCACUUUUUUUUUUUUACUCCUGCUUUUGAAUUAGGAAUCUGCCAUUUGUAGUGAACACAAACCAUCCUUUGAAAACUUUUGGCCAUCCAGUGGUGCAGCAGGUUAAACUGCUGAACUUGCUAACCAAAAGGUUGGCGGUUCGAAUCCGGGUAGUGGCGUGAGCUCUCGCUGUUAGCCCCAGCUCCUGCCAACCUAGCAGUUCGAAAACAUGCACAUGUGAGUAGAUCAAUAGGUACCACUUCUUGGGAAAGGUAACAGCACUUCAUGCAGUCAUGCCAGCCACAUGACCUUGGAGGUGUCUAUGGACAAUGCCGGCUCUUCGGCUUAGAAAUUGAGUUGAGCACCAAUCCCCAGAGUCGGAGACGACUAAACUUGAUGUCAAGGGAAACCUUUACCUUUUUCUUUUUUUGGAGGACUUUUAAAUUUCUAUUUUAUUUUGAGAGAGAAAUAAUUUUGAAAAGCACUGCAGUCACUAAAGCUAUAGAAGAAGCUACCGGUAGACCCAUACAAAUGCCACAUUUCAGAUGAAUGUCAGGCUUACAUGUGGCCAGCUAGUAAAUAGUUGACAAAACUGGUAAUCUAAACUGUUUUCGCAGCAUAUUGUAUAAACUAUGCAGAGGUCAGUAUUGUUUGCUUGUAAUAUACCAGCUAUCGUCCGUCAUCUUUAGAUGUAUUUUUUCUCUGUUGUAAACAGGAAGACAGGCUCUCACUACGAUAACGGAGCAGAUGUCUGUGUAUUUAAAUGUUAAACAAAUUGUAUUUUUUUUCUCCUUCAUCGGGAACCUUGAUGUCUGUGUUGUAUUGUAAAAGGGGGGGACGGGGGCGAAAUGCUGAGAUAAAACUGCACCUUUGUCUAAAGGCAAUUUUUAAUUGCAAGCUGUGAAGUAUGUAUAUGAAGAGAAAGCAAAUGUCAUUUGUUGGUUUUACCUUUGUAACUUAAAUAAAUUCCUUUUAUUUCACGGAA